AUGGAAGAGAAGCGUCAAGCCAUGAAGAACGGGAAGGGAGAUGAAAACGGCGGUACCGAGGAGAGAUGCUCUGUGCCCCGCAUCUACACGAUGGCUCAGGGUGUGUUCGUGAGGGUUUUAUUCUCCGUGUCUUCUAUUCUGGCUGUCUGGAGGGUAGCAACGGUCAAGAAUGAUCCGACGUGGUGGUUGAUGGUCUCCGUUAAUGGCUUUCUGUACUUCGAGGCUUACUUGACAUUCCGCUACCGUAGAUCUGGAGAAUGGAAAUGGUUUUGCCCAAGUGUGUUGAUGUACCUAAUAUCGACAGUGCCUGCCAUUUGGAUACUUGAACUGCAACUUAUGAAGGAGCGUGUGACCGAAUCCCAAGCUCUUGGUGAUAAGGUGUGUUUGGAAUCAGACAACAUCAACAUGAACACUUCAUCACUUGCGGCUUUUCCAGGGAUAACAAUACCACUGUAUUUGCCAUCGCAUCACUGGUCUCUGGCUCUACAGCAGACCCUGCUCUUUGUGCUCAUCGUGGGUAGAUGGCUUUUACCAAAGGGCUCCCUCUCUCGCGAUCAACUGUCUCAACUUCUCCUGGUGUACAUUGGCAUCGCCGCGGACAUAUUGGAAUUUUCCACGGAGGGUUUGAAGAUGGAAGAGGUCCGUUGUGAUUACGUCAUGGUGUACUGGAUCCUGUCCAUCUGGACUUGGAGCCUUCUUCAAUUCACACUGGGGCUGACAGCCACCAAAGCUAGGAAGCCUCGAAUGGCUGGGAUAGAUGACAAUGACAAGCCGAAGGUCACCUUGAUGUGCUGUGAGACAGAGGUCUGGGGCUUGAUGACCACAAUCAUCAUGCAAGAUGGACCAUACCUUGCCAUGAGGCUCUACAUCCUGAUCAAGAUGAGGGCCAUCAAUCAGAUGAUGAUCUUCUUCACCUGCAAAAACAUGCUGGUCAUGCUGCUCCAGUUCUAUCGCCUCUUUGUCAUCUACAUCGAGAAACCUGGUUACCACCCUCAAGUAUUGGUGCAGACUAUUGUUAGGUAUACCUCUCGUCGGGGCGGGAGCAUGUCCCCAACCCAUCGACCGAGAAAACCUCUCGGCAGACACCUUGAUAUACCGGACUUGCACGAGACAGCCCCAGGGCAGAGUUUACCCCUGUUGCCAACUCUACGAGAAAAACGACCCACUUCACCAUCUGACAUCAUGGACGUGGAAGCUGGAUACUACACCCUGACUGUCCCAGAUCCUCCGGUGGCCGCUAAAAAUAAGAAAAGCAAAGCGAGACAUCGGAAGGAACCACACCACAAAGAGGACGAGCCUGUCAGUCCGCUUUUUGACUCUGCUGCUAAUAGCAGUAGCACCGAGCCACUUGUUCGUACAUAUCCACCUUCGCCUGCUAAGAUUAUCACCUUUGAUGACAUGUGACAUGUUCUGUUGAUGUUUCGUGUGAAUCACAAGUGCACUGACAAUGUACAUAUUACAAUUAUUAUUCAAACGUGUGUGUUGAUUUAGAACUAUUUGUUUAAAUAAGCAAUAUGAUAUCAGAACAAUUUGUAGCUUUCAGCAAAAAUAGUGGCACCUGAAGUUCUGGUCUGAGUUUUCAGCUGUCCGAAAAAAGAAAAAAAUACUCAAGAUUCAAGUAUGCAGCAUGUUUCAUAGUCUACAAGAGGGCAAUUGUUUGUUUGUUUGUUGCAAUUGAUAGAUGUUUUUUUGACAAAUUACUAUGUGGACAUUAAUCAAUGGCACAAAAAUGGCCAGCAUGGUGGUUGUGGUAUUAGGUUGGUUUGGUUGUCUUUCAUCAGACAAGGACUAAGACUGACAGGUUUGGAGAAAGAUCAAAGUCGUUUUUUGACGAACAGUGUCCGUAAACAAACUAGUCUUAGUCCAAGGCCGACGUCACUUUCUCAUAGGCUAGUCAUGGGAACAUGGCCUAAUCAUUUUAUUGAUUUCGUUUUGGUUGACAAGAUUCUGGAAAUCGCACCAAGAGUAGACUUGCGCAAAGCUAGGGGUGAUACGGCCCGAGCCCAUGGUAGCAAGAAUAGACUUGCACAACGCUAGCAGGUGACGUGAUGCACUGCCCAUGGUAGCAAGAAAAGCCUUGCACAAAGCAAGCGAGUGAAACGGUGCGCUGCCCAAGGUAGCGCGAUUAGACUUGCACAAAGCUUACUGAACAUACGCUCGCUGCUGCCCAUGCAUGGUAGCGAGACCAGGAAAUAGUAAAUAUGUGGGUUGGAACCAAGACUAACAAAAAAACGAUUCGACAAAACAGAGAAAUCCUAUACAAAAACAAAACUGAUUAUUGAUAGUAAUAUUAUACUUUAAUGUGCAACUUCAAUAACAUAAAUGUAAAAAUGUUUGUGGUAGGUUGGGUAAAGUAAAGAUGAUUUUUUUUUUCUUUUUUUUUUCUGUUUGAUGGAAACCAAUUUAACUGUAAGAUAACUUUAAAUUAGCAAUAAACCGUUCACAUGAUAAGUACAGAAA